GUAAACAGAAAAAUUAUUGGAAAAAUAGUUUCAGAAGAAAGAGAGACCCCAUAGCCAACGAACUAAGACCCCAUAGAGAGAGAAUGGUAUUCAACGGUGUGCUAGUGGUCUCGGUGGCUAACAUAUCAGCGGAUAUGUGGCAAUAUAUAGCUUGUAUUCAUGAGCGUAUAAGCAGCGAGCAGUUGUUGGAUCUGGCUAUAUGUUUCCCGCUGCAACAGUUGGGUCGAUUGGCUCUCUGUCUUUGGACUUUCCUGUGCGUCCUCCCUUCUUCUUCAACUGCCGAUUCGUAUUAUUCUUCCGAUUCCGAUGACUCCGAUUCGUCUUCUAGCAGUCCCCAUUACAACCACCACCACGACCGUGAUUACUACGAUUCGCAUUCCGAUUGAUUCACCCACCGAUCGUUAUCAAAUCAUCAAUUGGUUUCUUGGUAUGGAAUGACUCCAUUAGAAGGAUGAUGCAUGCUGCCACCAAAGUUCAUAGAAGAUGCUGAUUUUCUUUCUUAUUUUGUCAUCUCUUUAUAGAAUGUGGUUUUUGAGUUUGCUUUCAAACAUGGUUUUCCCAAUACCAGCUGCAGGGCUUCCAAUUUUAUACAUGGAAGUAAAUUUAACAAGAGUAUGUCUUGGGAACUCUUCGUUACAACGCCUCACCCAAGAGUUGUGUCUGAGACGAGGAUGAUUAUUUGGAAAACUG